AUGCACUACCCUACUGUUGGGCACAUCCGGUUGCUGAGACGCCCUUUGUAUGGAGCAGCCAAAUAUGAAUGCAGUAAUAUGAUGAGGACAAACUCGAACAUGGACAUAGGCAGGAGGUACUUCCAACACACCCACAUGAACACAGCGUCGAGUAGCACCAAGGAGAAAAGGUACUACAAAGGGAAAGAACUAAAUUUAUGCACACCACUCAACCAUACCGUCAAUUUAUGUCACGAACGCAUGGAUGGAAAUUUCUAUGCGUAUGAUAUAAGUGCAACGGUUUUCAGGCUGCUAAAAUGUGUGCAUAAAUUAGAGCAAAGGGAGGUUCCCAAAAUAAUUCCCCAAACAAGUACUGAAAACACGUUUAUCAAUUAUCAAGUGGACAAACUAUUUUACUGCUACGUUUCUAUUUAUAACAAUAUAAGUAAAAAUUUAUUUUUAAAAUUAACGCUGGAAUUUUUAAAAUCCCCCGCACUUCACAGAAGAAUAGUAGAAAAUGGCAGAUUUUAUGAGCAAGUUCUCUGUGAAAUAGUAAAGUGUGCAGAUGGGCAUGAAACAAUGGACAAAUCUUUUUAUUAUGAAUAUGUAAUAAAAAUUUUAUCCGUCAUUUUGAAGAAUAAAAACGCCUUCAACGAUAUACAGGAAAGAAUAUUUUUCCAGGACAUAAUAAAUAUGAUACGUGAGGAAAAGAAUAUAAAUUAUUUUAUAAAAAAUUUUACCUUUUUAAUUUCGUGCAUUUCUUUAUAUAAAAGGAGGCUAAAAAAAGAGAUCCAUUUUAACAGGCCAAAAGAUGAUGAUGUCCGAAUGGAGUACCUCGCACAGGAUAAUCAGAUCCUCCUUAUGCAGAGGAAAAAACAACUUUUACAAAAGUGUCUACCAAUAAUCCUGGAUAUUUUUAACAAACUCCACCAGUACAAUCACCUUAACGAUGUAGACAUUUGCAACAUUGUUGACUUCCUAAAUGAGUUUAAAGAAUCUCAUAAAAUAAAAUUAGCCAUCUGUAAAGACAUACAUAAAUAUUUCAAGCCAUCAAGCGAUAUGAAGCAUUUAUGUUUAAUUUUGUACCUCCUGACACAGUCGAAAAAUGAGGAAAUGCAGCUCACACAAGUGGCCUACAAACACAUAUACAAUAUUAUAUUCUGCAGGAAGAGUGAGUUAACCGAUCCGAAAAAUGUGAACCUUUUUCUCCUGGGCGUCACGAGAUGGCGCCGCAAAGUGGAUGUUCAGCAAAACGUGCGUAAUACCCCCCUUGGAAGGGGUACCCAAAGUGAUAGCCAUCCGGACGGGGAUACAGAAAGGGUACUAAGGAGGAGGAAGACCUACUCAGGAAGGAGUAAAGGUAGGCUGCAAUUUUCUUAUGGAACCAAAUCGCGAAGCACAAAUCUGCAGUUAUGCCAACUCCUGCGACAUAAAAUCAUCAAAAAGCAGAAAAUGAAAAAGGAAAAAAAAAUGUACUUUUGGAUUAAAUACUGCCUCCUACAAUUUAUAAAAAAAGGACAGUUAAAGGCUAAAUAUGUUAAAACAUUUUACGAAUAUUUUUGUCCGUACCAUAUAAGUAGAAAGUGCACGAGAAAGAAGAAUUAUAUAUCCCCCUUAUCGAUUGUACAGAGGGUAGGAAAAGUGUAG